AUGCAGAGCGCGUCUAUUACACUCACCGCUCCCCUUCCUCCCUCCUCCAUCCGCCGGAGGUCCGCCACAGGGAUCAACUCGCUCGCUAUCCGCCCAGCGGGACGGCUGCGUUUCAGAGAUGCUCCGCUCCCGUCACUCGCGGCGGCUUCUGCCUCUGCCUCGGGCUGGCGCCAGAGCCCAAUUGGGUGGUCGAUGAAGCGGAGUGUGUGGUUUUCGGGCCCGGGAAUUUUUGGUUUCGGACCCAGGUCGGGCGGCGCGGUGGUCCGGGCGGCUGCGGAGGAGGACGCCGGUGCGGCGGCGAGCCCCAAAUCGACGGGCCUCGUGGAUGCUUUGGUGCUGGGAACGCUUUUCGUGCUUUGGUUCACGUUUAAUGCUUAUUUCAAUAUCUACAACAAGCAGGUUCUCAAAGAUUUUCAUUACCCGCUUACUGUCACUCUUGGUCAAUUCGCUGUAGGGGCAGCACUGGUUACUCUGAUGUGGAUGUUGAAUCUCCACAAAAGGCCCAAAAUCAGUGGCGCUCAGCUUUCUGCAGUUCUCCCACUGGCGGUGGUGCAUACCUUAGGCAACCUCUUUACCAAUAUGAGCCUCGGAAAAGUUGCUGUAUCAUUCACUCACACGGUCAAAGCUAUGGAGCCUUUUUUCUCUGUUUUCCUCUCGGCCAUGUUUCUUGGGGAGUCUCCUACAGUAUGGGUGGUUCUCUCUCUUGUACCUGUCGUUGGUGGAGUUGGUUUGGCAUCCAUGACCGAGGCCUCUUUUAACUGGACUGGUUUUUGGAGUGCAAUGGCCUCAAAUUUGGCAAAUCAAUCUCGCAAUGUCCUGAGCAAGAAGUUACUUGUUAAUAAAGAGGAAUCCCUGGACGACAUUACGCUCUUCUCCAUAAUCACUGUAAUGUCCUUCAUUUUGACGUUGCCCGCUACUCUUAUCGUGGAAGGCAUCAAGUUCACACCUUCAUACCUCCAAGCAGCUGGGGUAAAUAUGAUGCAGAUUUACACGCUGUCACUCUUGACCGGUCUCUGCUUCCACACUUACCAGCAGGUCGCGUACAUGUUAUUGCAACGUGUAUCUCCUGUUACUCAUUCUGUAGCCAACUGUGCGAAGCGUGUGGUGGUUAUUGUGGCUGCUGUUCUCUUCUUCCGGACACCAAUUUCACCGAUUAACUCUCUAGGUACCGGAGUAGCCCUCGCCGGGGUGUUCUUGUACUCGAGAGCGAACCGUGUUAGGCCGAAGCCAAAUACAGCUUGA